AUGACUUAUCCAUGUAAAGGACCUUUUAAAGGACAUCUUACUUAUACAUGUUACAAAAAUAUAAAAUAUCAAUUUGGCGAAAAAAUAGAAGGAACUAAUUUUUCCAUUGAUGAAAACAUUUCGAAAUAUGCAAAAAUCUACACAGCUGAUAAUGGGCCGAAACUUAAAAACUUAUCUAAUAUUUUUACAAAUUUAAAAAAAUAUUUAAGUAACGGUCAUGUUUUUGGUUCAGGUGAUUAUAAUGGGGAAGGAACUUGUAAGUAUAUUAGCUACUUGUUAUGUAAUCAAAUCCGUGAAGAACUGCAUGGUGAAUGUGAUAAUGGCACAUUUAAUAUUUUCAAAGAAUUUGUAGACAAAUACAAUGACUCUACUAAUUCUAAAAUGUGUAUGAAUAAUAUUAAACACCUAGAUAAUCGUGAAUUUCUAAAAAUGAAAGCCUUAUAUGAUUUGUAUGAUAAGUAUAUACAGUUAUCAUCAAUAUAUGCACAUAAUCAUCCUAAUUACUGCAGUGAUAUGAUUAACUUAGUUCGCUUAUAUAAUUAUUUUUUAAAUGAAUAUCCAUCAGAUAGUUCAAAUUUUAAUGAUGUAUUAAAGGACUUUAAAGAACUGAUGGUCACUAUUAUAGAGACCGGAAAAAGAUAUUGUAUACAGGAAUAUUUUUCUAUACGUGAACCACGUUUAUUUAUAUCAUCUGUGGUACAAAUACCAUCCCAUGCCAACACAUCAUCAGGACGAGAAAGUAAUAUAUUACAAGAAGGAACAUUAAAUAGUGAAGUUAAACCCAAGUUUCCAGAAGUAACAAGUUCAUCAACGUCAGUAAAAGAACAAGAAAUAGAAGAUUUGGAAAAUUCAAAAAGAUUUUUGUUAUCAGAUCUAUUAGAAGUAGAAGCAACUUCUGUAUCAGAAGAUCCCCUUGAAAGAAGUCUACUAAGUAAAAAGCUAGAACACUCAGGAAAACAAGAAACUUUUAUAAGACACAAAUCAUACGAUUCACCAGGACAUAAUAAAACAAACGAAACAUUUCCACGAGGUGAAGAUUCCAUGGUAGUAACAAAAGGAUUAGAAAACGGAUCUGGAAAUUAUUCUACAGGAUUCAUGACAAAUGUGCAAAAUGGUAUUUCAGAAUUUAUAAAAGAUAUUGAUCCAGUACCAGUUAUGGGUGUAUCUGGAGGGAUGGGAGCUCUAUACUUACUUUUGAGGGUAUUAAAAUAUUUUUAA